AUGAUCUCCAGACAGCAGUGUGUCCGAGGCGGGUCCCAGGGCUUUAGCUGUGGCUCGGCCGUCGUAGGUGGGGGCAAGAAGUCUGGUUUCAGCUCCUUCUCCGUGUCCGGGGGCGCAGGCCGCUGCUCCUCUGGGGGCUUUGGCAGCAGGAGCCUCUACAACCUUGGGUGCAGCAAGAGCAUCUCCAUGAGCAUGGCCACCUGCCGGCCAGGCUCUGGCCUGGGGGCUGGCAGCGGUUUCGGGGCUGGUGGCUUUGGUGCCGGUUUCGGCACUGGCGGCUUUGGCGGAUUCGGGGGCUCCUUCAAUGGAAGGGGUGGCCCUCUCUGCCCUCCUGGGGGCAUUCAGGAAGUUACCAUCAACCAGAGUCUGUUGACCCCACUCCAUGUGGAGAUCGACCCUGAGAUCCAGAAGGUGCGGACUGAGGAGCGCGAGCAGAUCAAGACCCUCAACAACAAGUUCGCCACCUUCAUUGACAAGGUGAGGUUCUUAGAACAACAGAAUAAGGUCCUGGAAACAAAAUGGAGACUCCUCCAGCAGCAGACAACCACCACGUCCACCAAAAACCUUGACCCCUUCUUUGAGGCUUAUAUCAGUGCUCUGAGGAAGCAGCUGGACUCCUUGGUCAAUGAAAAAGGGCGCCUGCAGUCUGAGUUGAAGGUCAUGCAGGACAGUGUGGAGGACUUCAAAACCAAGUAUGAAGUUGAGAUCAACAAACGCACAGCUGCUGAGAAUGACUUUGUGGUCCUCAAGAAGGACGUGGAUGCCGCCUACAUGACUAAGGUGGAGCUGGAGGCCAAGGUGGACGCUCUGAAUGAUGAGAUCAACUUCCUGAGGGCCCUCUAUGCUGCGGAGCUGUGCCAGAUGCAGAGCCACGUCAGCGACACGUCCGUGGUGCUGUCCAUGGACAACAACCGCUGUCUGGACCUGGAAAGCAUCAUUGCUGAGGUCCGGGCGCAGUAUGAGGAGAUCGCCCAGAGGAGCAAGGCCGAGGCCGAGGCGCUGUACAAGAUCAAGGUCGAGCAGCUCCAGUGUUCAGUUGACCAACAUGGUGACAGCCUGAAGAACACCAAGACCGAGAUCAUGGAGCUCAACAGGAUGAUCCAGAGGCUGCGGGCCGAGAUCGAGAACGUCAAGAAGCAGUGCCAGACUCUGCAGGCGUCCGUGGCUGAUGCAGAGCAGCGUGGAGAGCUGGCUCUCAAAGAUGCCUACAGCAAGCGCACAGAGCUGGAGGUUGCCCUGCAGAAGGCCAAGGAGGAGCUGGCCCGGAUGCUGCGCGAGUACCAGGAGCUGAUGAGCGUGAAGCUGGCCCUGGAUGUGGAGAUCGCCACGUACCGCAAGCUGCUGGAGGGCGAGGAGUGCAGAAUGUCCGGGGAGUGCCAGAGCACCGUGAACAUCUCCAUGGUCGGUGGUGGCGCCGGCGCUGGAGGCAUGGGCGGAGGAUUUGGAAGCUGCUCCGGGUUUGGCCUGGGCAGUGGCUUUGGCUCCAGCUGUGGAAGUGGCUUUGGGAUCGGCAGUGGCGUCUGUGGCAGUUCCGGCAGCAAGGUCAUCUGUUCCACCACCAUGAGCAAGAGAUCCUUCCGAUAG